CAUAGAGUCAUCAUCGGGCUCAGCAAGUCUCCUUCUAGAUGAGAAAUUUAUAUUGUCAGCGUAAUAUCUGUGAGGCUAAACACUGGAGAGUAUAUAAAAGCAGUGAGCUUUGGUGCAGGAGUACAGAGCUCAAGACCAGCACCUCGAAAGUUCUACAGAGAGCUCGCUCUCUCUCCACCUGCUCUGUUCUUCCUCCCACGGUCAGAAGACAGCAAAAAUGAAGAUCAUUUACUUUGUGGCUGGAUUGUUUAUGCUGGUACAAGGCAGCUGGCAACGUUCCCUUCAAGAUACAGAGGAGAAAGCCAGAUCAUUCCCAGCUCCCCAGACAGACCCACUCAAUGACCCAGAUCAGAUGAAUGAAGACAAGCGCCAUUCACAGGGAACAUUCACCAGUGACUACAGCAAGUAUCUGGACUCUAGGCGUGCCCAGGAUUUUGUGCAGUGGUUGAUGAACACUAAGAGGAACAAGAAUAACAUUGCCAAACGUCAUGAUGAAUUUGAGAGACAUGCUGAAGGGACCUUUACCAGUGAUGUAAGUUCUUAUUUGGAAGGCCAAGCUGCCAAGGAAUUCAUUGCUUGGCUGGUGAAAGGCCGAGGAAGGAGAGAUUUCCCAGAAGAAGUAGCCAUGGUUGAAGAACUUAACCGCAGACAUGCGGAUGGCUCUUUCUCUGAUGAAAUGAACACAGUGCUUGAUAAUCUUGCCACCCGGGAUUUUAUAAACUGGUUGCUUCAAACCAAAAUUACUGACAGGAAAUAAGUAUGUCACUAUUCAAGAUCAUCUUCACAAGAUCAUCUGCCAGCAACAUGGAAUGUUUGAAAUUUUAAGUUGUGUAAAUUUAAGAGGUGUAUUCUGAAGUCAUAUUGCUUUGCAUGCCAAUAUUCUUUUAAUAUUGUGUAGCCAAAAGAUUGUAAAUUGAAUAAAUCAUUGUCAAAAUAUUGCUAAAAUAUCAGUUUUAAAAUACAAAGUACAGGAUUCUGUUAUGUUUUUCUUAUUUUGGAUAAAUUGUCCUAACCUGCUUACAAUUAGCAAUGAAAUUGUUUUCCUAUUAUAUAAUUUGUAUAUAUAAAUUAUUCCAAUCACAAUUUAUCUGCUUAAUAAUAAUAAUAGGAUAAGGGAAGGACUGGUAGCUAUAGUGGUGAGACUAGAAAGAGAAUUUCCUUCUCAAAACUUUUGUCAUAAAACUGCUCUGCUUUCAAUAUGUUAAAGAUAGAACAUAAAUAAAGUUUUCAAGCU